AUUCAGUCUUUUGUCCCAGGGGACCUUGAGAGUAUCAAGGGCUGCCUGGAAAUGAGAAUGGCCUGGCCUGAGGCUAUGCGGGGGAUGUGUUACAGUGUACUUUUAUUCUGAGGUCCUUUCUUUCAGUGCCUGAACAUCAAAUGCCUGUUGAAUGAGUUGAUAAAACUGGCAUGUGUAGAAACUGAUGCAGUCCUAUCUGGAGCUGCCAAAAUUCAGUAUCAGAUCCUUACUUCAUUCAUUAUGUACAGCUUUUUGAUGCAGGGAACCCAACUGGUUUUAGAAGUCAGAUUUGGUUAUGACUCUGCCUGACAUUGCAAUAUUCACCUCACCACAGCACCUUCUGCACAUUUGCAGGCUGACUGCUUGAAGGUGGCAGAUCUGGGUCUUCUUAUCCUGUGCCUCUCCCAGUAAGUGAAAUAAAAGGAAAGGGCAAGAUAUUGCUUGGAGUGUCUCUGAUAAGGUCUGAGAAGUGCUAGCAGUUCUGGUACAAGCAAGUGUCUUCACCUGAAACCAAACAGGUUGCUCAUUUGCCAGUUGUGGAGGAGGAGAAACUAAUGUAAAGCAGGUGACCAUGCAGAAUGCAGUUCAGGUGUGGUUUGGAGAUGAGCUGCCCUUGAGCCCCCGGAGCCCCCUGACCCCGAGGCACGGGCCGGGUUUGGCGGACGUGUGCCUGUACGACCAGUGGAUAUCCGUGAGGCACGAGGCCACCCUGCUGCCCAUGCAAGAAGAUCUCUCAAUCUGGCUCUCUGGCUUGCUGGGAAUGGAAGUCAAAGCAGAACAACUGCUAGAAGAACUUGAUAAUGGGGUGCUGCUUUGCCAAUUGAUUGGUGUUCUUCAGAACACAGUUAAAGAAUGUUGUAGCACAAAUAACUUAAGGAAUUUUCCUAUGAGAAAAGUUCCAUGUAAGAAGGAUGCUCCAUCAGGAUCUUUUUUUGCCAGAGAUAAUACAGCCAACUUUCUUAACUGGUGUAGAGCCAUUGGAGUUGAUGAGACAUACCUCUUUGAAUCUGAAGGCUUAGUGUUGCACAAGGAUCCAAGACAAGUGUAUCUUUGUCUGCUGGAAAUUGGGCGCAUUGUGUCCGGGUAUGGAGUUGAACCUCCUGUACUUGUAAAACUAGAGAAGGAAAUUGAGCUAGAAGAAACCCUGCUGAUGACCUCUGGGCCACCAUCACCUCUUAGCACACCAAAGUCAUGUUGUCACCAUGGCGAGCUACACGAGGCAGUAAAACAUAUAGCAGAAGAUCCUCCCUGCAGUUGUUCCCAUCGAUUUUCAAUUGAAUACUUAUCAGAGGGACGUUAUAGGCUGGGAGAUAAAAUACUCUUCAUACGAAUGCUCCAUGGCAAGCACGUGAUGGUGCGUGUUGGUGGAGGCUGGGACACCCUUCAAGGUUUUCUGCUCAAAUACGAUCCGUGCCGAGUGCUUCAGUUUGCAACUCUGGAACAAAAAAUCCUGGCGUUCCAGAAAGGGGUCACCAGUGACAGUGUCCCCAACUUGUCAGCUAGAAAUCAGGAGCCUCCUCUUAUGAAUCCAAUGUCAGCUGUCAGUAUGUUUCAAAAGCAGUCAUCAAAACCUCCUACUCCUGUGUUAGGUCCUGGGGCCAGUGCCAAGAAGGCUCUGUCAAAACGUCCUCAGUCCCCUGCCCUGGCAUCCCCGCGAGUGCCAGUGACCCCGUCUUCCACUGCCAAGUCAUCAACAGCCAGGUCCAAGUUACAAGGGUCCUCAGCAGCAGGUGUGCAGUCUCCUUUCAAACCAUUAGCUGGCACCUCAAAGAAACUGGAGUCUCCUGCCUGCAGCUCACCAACUUCUGCUCCUUCACAGCCUGGAAGCAAAAGUUCUUCCCGUGCAGGAGCAAGAGCAGCUCUUGCUCCCUCUGAAACGUUGCGCAAGCGUGUUCGAUCCCCUGAUGCUACCAAGGUGAAGUUUGCCCUGCCUCGGGGCUCCCCAGCACCAGCACUCCAUCCUGCCCUCUCACCCUCUAAAAAACAGCCAUCUCUCUUGUCUGGGACAGGUGGAACAAUGACUUCAAAGCAGAAGAGUGUCCCUGCUAAAUGCAAACCUGUAUCUGCCACUAAAACCAAAGUGAAUUCAGUCGCUCCCGGGGCUGCUCGGCUGCCGCCUACAAAUCUGCACACUGUUGCCAAGUUUGCACAUUCUCAGCAGCUCCUUGCAAAACCUUCUGAAAAUGAUGUUCAGAUCUCAGGUGCAGGGUCUCAGCAUCCUCAGAAAACCCCUCAAACAACUUCUCACCUAGCAAGGAACUUGAAAGCUGCUUCCGAGCUAAAACUUUCUGCUUCUGCACCUUCCCUUGCAGAUAGCAAAGCAUCAAGGUCACCACCUCCACUGUUACCCACAAGCAAAAACGUGUCUUCAGCUGGCAGCAAGCAGCCAAAUGCCAGUAGUCCCCCCCAGGUGGGGCCCUCUUUAUCCAAACCUGCUGAACGCACUCCUUUGUCUGUUGUACGGCUUCCUCAAACUUCAGCCAAAGCUGCAGCGACCAAAAAGCCAGCACAGCCUUCCACAAAGGGCCAGCAUUCAACCAAAAACUUGCAAACAAACAAAAGCUUGGCCCCAGCAGCCAAGAAGACACUCCCAAAGCAGCAGGCAUAUAACAAAGGAACACCUGGUGUGUCAAAAGUUCCUCCUCUGAAGAGCAGGCAAGAUGAUCACUAUUUUGUUAUGACAGGGACUAAAAAGGCCAGAAAGUAAAUUAAUUUCUUUCUUUCUGUGGAAGGCUCUAUUUUGUUCAAAAGGGCCUUUUGUAACUGCUACACUGAGGACAAGGAAAAAAGUUAAAUAACACUACAUUUAAUAUGAAAUAUUAGGUAUAACCUGCCUUUUGCUGUCUAAUUUAUUGUAAGAACUGUGUUUAUUUUGCGGUUUAGAAAAUUGUAUUUGGACAAGUUUAGAAGUGAGCUUACUUGCUGUGUAGCACUGUGGAAUGGCAAAUAUCCUUGAUCUGCUGCAGAAAAGUGUGGGAGAGGAAAAGGGAAUUAAGGCUGAUGCUUUUGCAGCAGAACUCUGGUAGUUCUUGGCACAUCUGCAUUGAGAUGUGUGGCAAGCAACAGAGCUGUGCACAAGCUGUAAAAUUUCUAAUACCUCAAACAAAACUGUGGAUUUUGUUCACUGGUGUCCCAGAACCCAAAUCUGGGUCACAUGUUUCGGAAAGAGAAGAAAUUUCUAGUCCUGUUUAGAUUUGACAGAUGCUGUUAUCAGUGUUCACUGUGCCCCCCCAUAUGCCUUAAAAUGGAUUCAGCUCACUUGGAAGUGGAGCUUGGUUUGUUUUAAAUUGGACACCAAUAAUCAUGGCCUUGAUUGCUCACUUUCACUGUGCCUUAGCUUCUCAAAUUCAGAACAGAACUCUUCAGUGAGCAAUGCUCAAUGCUAACCCAGGGCAGUUAACCUUGCUUGGUCUGUGCUCCAAUCUCACUAGCUUGCCUAGAAAGCUCUUGCUGCAUGGAGAGAUGCUCCAGAGUUCCAGGGAGUACACUUUCCUCUGGGCUUGAACCUCAUACCAGUUCCUACUCUGGGACUGGAGUCCCAAAACAGCUCUGCUGCAGCAACACUGAGCUGCAAGCACUGACCUGCUCAAGCAGAGCUUUGCUGCUCUGCAGGAGUGGCUUUUACAUGUAAGACUGAAUUGCUAAAUACUUUUCUCACUGCUACAGGUUAAUUUUUGUUAGCACUCUAGUCUGCAGUGGCCCUUCUUGUUUUGUUUUAUGAGAUCUCUCUCCUGACUUUCCUCUAUCACUCUGGAGGUGAGAAGUAGUUUUCCAGUUAUUUUGGAGUUAAUGAACAGUUGUUCCUAGAGACACUGAGGAGCUCUGGAGGUCUUUGAAGACACACACUGAUGGUUUCCACAGACCAUCACUUCUGCCUUCCAUUCUCAGUCUAUUUAAGGGCAGGAGUGGGUGUCACUGCCAUAGAGCCUCCUGGAUGGUGGAACAGAGAUCUUUUUAAAAGGAGAAGAGUUCCAUGGAAUAUGCAGUUUCUGUUGUUAAGGGGUUUUAUUUUGGGUUUGUUUUUUUUUUUUCCCUGGAGCUAGAGUAAGCAAACAUCACAAACUGAGUUCUCAUGUGAUGUGGCAGAGUCAUAGAGCUGCUUUUCUGAGCACCUUGUUAGUUUAUUUUAUUUAAUUUAUGAUUCUAUUUAUGCAUAUCUACUGUACAAUACUGCUCACAACCUGCUGGGAGUAAGCAGUAGAUGCCAGUAUCCAAACUGUAGGAGGAAAACAGAUCUGUUCUGACAAUGUGGACACAAGUUCUACAAGAUUUCAGACAAAGUUGGAUGUUUUGGGGGAGGCUUUGGGCUUGCUUGUUUUAUAUGUACACUGGUCAAAGCCACUGCUACAAUGUUAGGCUGAGUAUUGAAUGCAGUGGAUUGCUGUCAGGUUUGAUAAAUCUGGCACAUAGUUUCAUAUGCUGAAAGCAUUUUACUGUAGAAGACUUGCUUUUGAUUUUUGAGCUUCCAAAUGAUGAGUUACAUGUGAUAUAUUUCAUACAGAUUAAUAGUUGACUUCUUGGUUUUCUUUCUCUAGUGGGUCUGGAAGAGAUGAAAUUAACUUUCUUCACAGCAUCCUGUAUGGGGCUGUGUCUUAGAUUUAAAAUCUAAACCAGUGUUAAUAACACACUGAUGUUUGGGCUGUUGCUGAACAGCCCUUUCCAGGGUCAAGUUUUUCUUUUUCCUGCUCUGCUUCCACAGUGUGUAGGGAAGAGAUUGGGAGUGACAUGACUGGGAGCUGGCCAGCCUGAACUGGCCCAAGGGCUAUUCCAUAUCAUGAAGCAUCACCUCAACAAUGAAAAGAAGGAAGAGGUAGAGAGAGAAGGGUGUGCAGGUUGUGUGGCUUCUAAGGUGGCUGUUUGCCAACUGGCUGGGCAUCAGUCUGUCUGUGGGAGUAGUGAAGGAUUGCCUUUGCAUCACUUGGUUUACUUUCCAUAUCUUUUCUUCAUUCAUUAAACUCUUUAUCUCAGCCAGUGAGUUUUGCUUUUGCUGCUCCUCUCUCUAUCUUGCAGGAGGUGGAGGAAGGAUCAGAGAGUGAGCAGCUACUCUUGGCACUUGGCUGCUGAGUGGGGUCAACCCACAGCACCUUUUAAACCAUUUACAAGGUUUUAGCAUAAAUUUAGACAUUGAGGCUCUUGGAUCUCUCUGUAAGGCAACUUCAACACCUACCUUUCUGAACUACAGAGAAGAUGAAGCAAAUGUCAUGUAAUAGGCUGAAUUAUAAAGUUUAAAAUGAAAUAAAAAUGCAUAAGCUGUUACAGUUGAAGCCUUAAUCAGCUAAUCUAAAGUUACACAUGGGUAGACUUGGUUUGGUUUUAUUGUAAAAAUAGUGUAUUUGUGUGUGAUCCAACUUCUAUGAAAACUGUAGUCUCCAGCUGCAUACUCAUGUAGCAUGAGGUGAGUAACCAAGUACCUCCUAAUGGAAAUACAUACUAUUUUUGCAAUGUUUGUUGCCAAAUAGCAAGUCUAAUCUUCAGUUUUAUUACCUUUUGUGAGGGAAGGAGAAUUUGGAGCAGGAAUCUGACUGAAUUCUCCAUGUGAUAUCGGUGUUCUCUGUAUGAGUACUUAUUUAAAAUAAACAUACACUGCACCUUUU